AUGCGAGCAGGAGAAUUCUAUCCGGCUAAGCUGUACAAGUUUGACGGUGCAUACCUUACAAAUUAUAACUCCUUCAGCGAGAACUGUGAGGAGACCCCGGCGGCUUUUUCAGGACUCCUUACGUUGUCUCGUACGAGUCGACUAGCCGCCGUGGAGCGCAGCGAAAAUACCAGCCAAGGCCAAAGCUCGCUUGUAAUGAAGUAUUAUCUCUGGCACCGGCGGACGAGCCCGCGGGUAAUGCGCACCAGCUCCCGUGUGUUCAUCCGCUACGAGCGGUUGUACGACAAACGUACAAUUACACCAGAAGUCGGCUGUGUGUUCAUACGAACACAGACUUGUAGCAAAGGCGUUCUGCUCCUGCGAACGUCACCUUUUGCUAUUCAACGAGAUCAGUACGGCUGCGCAGAACCAACGGAAAGCUCUUUACUUUUUGUCAGAAAGCUCGACAGUGAUGCGAUUCGGUACACGUGUAUGGUGAUUCUUUGUGAUCUGUACAGCGUCGCCGUUCAUCUCGUGCUAGCCGUGAAUGAAGAAGGAGAGACGGAAGAACUUAUGUUAUGCAGCAACUGGCUCUGCCGCACCGACCCUAUCAAACGUCUCGUUUAUGUUCUAAAGCUUACUGAAGGUUCUGUAGAUGUAACAGGGAAAAAUAUUGAGGAGGAAAUGAAGCGGUGCCUGUCUGUAGGGGUGACUGAUCAGGAAUUUUUGUAUGAUGUGCGCAAUCUUCUCGAAGACGUCUAUAUACCUUUAUUGAAAGACGACAAGAGGAAAAGUACAGUUCCUGCAUUCUCAGCAGAUAAUAAUAACAGCAGCAGUAUCAGCAGUAACAACGGCGGGAGCAGCGGCGACGGAAGCAACGAUAAUGGUAGCAAUAGCGAGAGCAGCAGACCAGAUGAUACACACGGACGUGAUUCUUCUUCUUCUUCUUCUUCUUCUUCUUCUUCUUCUUCUUCAUCGUCUUGUUCUUUAUCAAGGAAGGGGAGCUCUGCAGAAGAGAAUAACAGUGAUAAUGAUGUAGCAGCACCAAGUAGUUCUUCUGAUAAUAUAGGAGCACAGACACCUGAAGAAGAUGCGGCAGAUAAAGCAGCACCAGCAACAGGGGAUCGGAAUGAGGAGGAAGAAGAGGAGGAGGGAGCCGCAGCAGAAAAUGCAUCAGCUGCUUCGGCGGAAGACGAUGGCGAAUCUGCAGUUACAACAGCACCUGCAGAGAGUUCUGCAGCAACAGCUGCCUUGGAAGGAACCGAGAAAGAAGAUGUGAACAUAUUAGACAAAGAAGGGAAAGAAAAGAAAGCCAUCUCUUUACCUGCUGAGCUAAGAUGGGAAUUAUCAACGGCUACAGAGAAGUUAUCUUCUUCUAUAAAACUAACAAUAGGAGAAGUAUAUGAGGCAGUUGUACUGAGAAUACCUUGUGAAGAUCUCGAGGGUCUCGCUGAUUCUACAGAUACACAUCUUAUAGAAGGAAUGAAAGCUGCUGUAUACGAAUGGACAGAGCCAUGUAAGCAGUUGUCUACUGUACGUACUCCUGCAAUAUGCCAACGAGCGCUGCCUAUCUUCUGUUCAACAUGUACUGUACAUGUACUUUGUGUAUACCUGUCCUUCCGCUCUGCUGUUCCGUGGCUGCUGCUGCUGCUGCUUCUUGUGCUGCUGCUGCUGCUGCUGCUGCAUCUGCUGCUGACGCUUUUGCCGCCGCCGGCUGCCCGGCUGCGCUGCCGUCAUUGCUGCUGCUGUUCUUCCCACUGGUACGGCCGCUCCUGCUGCUGUUGCCUAUUCUGCUGCUGUCGGUACUACUGGUGCACUUUUUUUAUUGAUUUUGCUGCUGCUGCUUCUGCCGCUGCUACUGAUCCUGCUGCUUUUGCUGCUGCUCCUGAUGCUGCUCCCGCUUCUGCUUCUGCUGCGGCUGCUUUUGCAGGAAGUCAGCGGUUGCCUCGUUAUACGAGCAGCUAA